ACGAGGGGCAGCAGCAGCGGGCCCAAGAACUGAGCAAGGACAGCAAGGAGAGGACAGCAAGGACAGCAGCCUCCCCUUUCGUCCAUUGUGCACAAUGGAUGAUGCACAUGUGGACGACCAGAGCGCACUGGCUCAUGCACAUGACCUGCCGCCAAAGGUGCAUCUAUGGCAGCAUCACGAGUCGCUCUCCUCGCGCCAUCUCUCCGACUCCCUCUCCUCACUGCACCGCUACUUUGACUACAGUGCGGGCAUGGCAGCGGUGGGCGGGCGGGCAGCAUCGGACUGGUGGGCGGGGCGGUUCCAGGCAGGGCUGCUGGUGGAGGGCGGCAUGCAUGCGCGAUACGGCCAUGUGCAGCACGCCAUGGGGGCCCUGAUCGAGACAGUGCACAUGGCACAGCAGGAGAGUGAUGACGUGUGCUUGGUGCACGCCCUCACAGCCAUCUGCCACCUCCUAUCACAGACUGCCACGUCAGACGCACCCCGCCAGCUGGCAGUGCUGGGAGCCCCCAGCUCGCUGCAGCAGCCAACACUGCUGGAGGGGGGAGUGUGGCGGGGUGGCGGGGUUAGCGGAGGGAAGAAGGGGCGGGUGAGAGGCGAGGGGAUGGUGGGGCGAGGGGAGGGGGCGCAUGGGGGUGUGGAUGGGGAGGGGGGAGGGGGGGCGGCAGUGGCGGGCGGCGUGCAGCAGCAGGUGUGUGCGCUGCUGCAGCGCUGCCUGGUGCGUGCCGCCCAGCUGAGACUGCCGCGCCUCGUCCUUUCCAUCCAGCUGCUGCUCACGCGCUACAGUGUCGAGCACGUAACGGACGGAAGAGCACUCCACGCCACCACCUCCCUCUCUCUUCCUCCCUCCGACGUCAACCCGUCCCCUCUCCUUGUCUGCCAAGUAAGCCACUCCCUCCUCUUCUCUCCUCGUCUGCCCUUGCUUCUCUCUGCUGCUCUUCUUGCAACUUUCCUGCGUGGUGCUGCCGAUUGCCCCGGCCUCUCCCAUUACAGCCCACCUUCACUGCUGCUCCCCCGUCUCCCCUCUCCCCACUGCCCCCAGCACCUGCGUCUGGGCGCCCAUCUAUUCAACGAUGCCUGCACCUCUGCCAUCCUCCUACCCUCUGCGCUCUCCCCCCUCGCCUUCCCCCCUUCCGCGCCUCUCUCUCUCCCCUCCCUUCACCUAGCCUCCGCUUCUUCCUCCUCCGCAGUGGCAGCAGCAGCAGCAGCAGCCGCUCUCAACCUCUCCUCCAGCCUAGCCCUCUCAGCGCCUCUCUCCUCCGCCUCCACCGCCGCGGCUCUCUUCAGCUCCGGCCAGACCUUCGCCGGACCACAGCCUGCAGCGGCCCUGCCUCUCCUGCGGCGCCUGCAGCAGCAUCCGCUGCUCUCCUCCUCGCCCACCCUCCGCAUUGCUGAGCUGGAGCUGACUCACGACCUCUGCCUUGCCACUGGCCGUACAUCCCAAGCACUGCACAUGUGCGAGCAGCUCGCAGCCAUUGCGACACGCCACGGCCUCUCACAUGGGGAUGAGCAGGGCGGGGGGCAGGGGGGCACGGAGGUGGAUUUGGAGUUGGAGGCAGCAUGCCAACACGUGCACACCCUCAUUGCUGCCUCGCGCUUUCCCCAGGCGGCAUCAGCAGCCAAGGCACUGUUCAAAGCGUGCUGUCGCCACAAUCGCCAGCUGUACCACGCGCGCUGCCUGCUGCUCAUGGCGGAGCUGCACCUGAAAGCAGGGUCACCAGCGGCCGCCCUGCCACACGCCCUGGCAUGCGCGUCCCUGGCAGCCCGCCUGCACGCACUGCUGCUGCAAGCUACCGCCACCCUCACUGCCGCUGAGGCCACCCUCGCCCUGGCGCCUGCUGCCUGCGGCUCUGCUGCUGCGGGGGAUGGCGCUGCUGCUGGGGAUGGCGAGAGCAGCAGCGGGCGGGAGUGCGCAUUGCAAGCACUGUGGCUGCUGGAUGGGGUGUGUCUGCCGGUGCUGCUGGGGCAGUCAGGCCUCACCAUGCGCUGUCGCACCCUCAUGCUCAUUGCCCACUGCCACCUCGCCAUGGUUCCCCCAGCUGCGGUGCCAGGCAGUGUGCCUGCAGUGCUGCCGCUGCUGGAGGAAGCAGCCAACGCCUUCCACACCAUGCAGGAGCUUGCCCGGGAGAGGGACGCACGCCACCUGCAGGCAGUGCUGUGCCACGUGGCGGAGCAGCCAGCCCUCCGUGACACUGCCGCCCGCCGCUUCCUGGAAAUUACCAGUGCUCUCAGCGCGAACGCUGCCUGCCAGAGCCCGCUGGAGCUGCUGCUGUGA